GUGCCAUCGCAAUCGGCGCCGGACAAUGCCCACGAGCCCGCCAAGUUCCCGAGGCCUGCGGCGAGGCUCGAUGAGGAAUCCGACUGGGACCAGACAUAUCGCCCUCCACCUCCAGCCUUGGACCCGGCCUUGCGCCAUCCUCCAGAACCGGCCGAAAAGACGACUCCUCUGCCCUUGGCUUUGACAUCACCGCGAACUCUUGGGCCUCCCCCGCGAUCCAACGUCGUUGAUCCUCCCCUCAACUCGGCCAAGGCUACCUCGUAUGGUCAUCACCGCCAGACGUCCAUCGUCCAUGGCAUCCAGCACUCAAGAAAUGGCAGCGGCGCGAGCUCUUCGUCCAACCCGCUCAGUCCUCAGAUGAUUGCGGCGGCUGGCUUGGGACUUGACCGUGUGGAUUUACAGACGGCCCUAGCGCGCUUAGAGGGAGAUGCCGCACCGCCCAGGCCUGUUGCUACACCGACUGGACAGUCGGCAAAUCUCAGCGAUGGAACCUAUCCGAUGAAGCGGUCGCCUUCCGGCAACGCUGUUACCCCCCCAGGCACGGCUCCUUCGCGAAGGGCAGAGCGAAUGCAUAGCAAGUCGAGGCGUGACCAUCCGUCACGUUCAUCCCGCCACCAUCGAGAUGAGCAAAAGACCGUGGGCGAAUAUGCCCUGCACGUGCUGUUUACUUCCUUCAUUGCCCAAGCAGAAGAAAAGCUGAACGAAUGUAUUACCACCCCGUUUGAUCCCGAACCUCAGAUUGACAAGAUAUGCGGCCCUGGCGUGGACCCGGCCUUCGACCAACUCAUUGUUGCCCUUGGCCAUAUCGCGAGCCCCAAGCCCAAAAACCUGAUAGACUCGAUGAUGCUCUGGAGGAAGAGUAAAAGCGAUGCUGCUAACGAGGCGAGGACGCAGCUGCAACAGUUGCGAGGUGGUCAGCCCAUGUCACCUCUGUUGCGCAGAAAUACCGAACCCGUCCCAAUUGGACCGGUCAUCUCUAAUGGAUCUGAUAGUGGCCUCUCUGGAGGCGGUAUGUUGGCUUCGAAGCAAGAGUUUGUAGCCCAGCAAGAGCGCCGCUCAACAGUUUCCAUCUAUAUCCUCUGCCGUGUUUUGCUCGAGGUCAUAUGCCAGAGCAGCCUGGCGGCCAUUACCCCAGAAGUGGAAGACAAACUCGAGAGUAUCAUCUUUGGCCAACUCAAGAUCGCCGAAAGUGAACAGCUGCUGGCCUCCCCUUUGAAGAUGGCCAAUUGGAACCUUUUUGCACUCCUUCUUGGACACAUGAGCGACAUAAACUUUGCCGGGGUCACUAAGAGGUUUAUUGAGGACCUUGACAAUUCCCUGAAUGAGCGUGUGGCCAAGAGUCCCACCUCUUUGUCUGGCCGCGAUGUCAAUGAGGGAAAGAUGGACCUUGUUCUGGGAGGUAUGAAGCAUCUUCGUAUCAAAAUCUCACCCGAAGAUGCUUGGGAACAAUCGUGCGACUUCCUCGUAUCACUGGGCCGCCUUUUCAAUAGAUCUCAUGGCCAAAGAGUGAAAACAGCCUUUUGCCAGAUUAUCGAUUUGCUACUGCUCGGGAUUGCCUCCAAGGCGAGCAAUAGCCACCUGAUGCAUCCCAAGUGGAUGGAGGUCGUGGCAGCCAUCGGGCCGCGGCUGGCACAAAUGUUUACGAAGCCGCGGCAUUGGGCUGUCGCAUUUCCGCUCACGGCCACAAUGCUCUGUGUUUCUUCGCCUGACAACUUCGGAGCCCAGUGGCUACAGCUGAUCCUACCUCUGCAGACAAAGGCAAAGGACCGACUGACGAAGCCGCUGUGUCUACAAGUUAUCUCACGCUUGGUGUGGACUUACCUCUACCGUACCAACGAUACCUUUCAAAGUGUGGCACGGAAGUUGGAUGACGUUAUUAAGCUGGUCCUCCCACCUUCUAAGCGUAGCAUUGUUGCAUCUGAUGCCACUAUCACGGAGCCCCUGAUUCAGAUAAUUCGCAUCAUUGGGUUUAAAUACCCCGAGUUCUGCUUCCGCACCAUAAUCUUCCCUCUCAUUAAUGCCGAGCUUUUUAUUGCCAAUAAAGAGCUCAGAGUUGAGCAGCUGGACCCGGACAGAAUUGUGGUUGGCAUCAGGGCCUUCUUGAGUAUCAUGUCAGAUUUGGAAAAGGGGGAACAAGGCAGGCCGCCGUUCCCCCAGUUAUACGAGUCGGGGACGACAGCAAUCGCAGAACGAUUCCCGGCGUCCCCCAUGUUAGCACCGCCUCGCAGUGCCUCCAUAUCUGUAUCGAGUUCUUCGACAAUACGAGAAAGUCACGUCUCACGUCCCGUCCUCACCCACGUACUGACGGAUGGUGUUCGGGAAUACUAUCUCAAGUUUUGCGAAAUCCUUGGAAAGAUCACCAUUGUGUGCGAUAACACAUUUGGUGGUCAGGCUGCCCUGGAUGAAAAGUUUGGCAGUCCUGGGCCCAAGACGCCAAUCACAGAAUCCUUUACCUUUUCUCGGCGGGAUGAGCAUCAAACUGCGGCAGACCAAAAGCAGGCGUUUUACGAGCUGCUGCAUGUUGCCGUUCAAGCACUCCCCCGCUGCCUCUCCGUCGAUAUACCCUUCAAUUCCCUAAUUAACCUUUUAUGCACGGGCACUGCCCACGUCCAAUACAACAUUGCCGAGUCUUCUGCUAACUCCCUCAAGGCGAUUGCUCGUCAGUGCCGCGCGCAGCAGGUCACCAUGGGGUUCGCACGCUUCAUCUUUAAUUUCGAUGAUAGAUAUUCAACUAUGUCUGACGGCGGAAUGCUUGGGGCUAACCAUAUCGAGAAUACGCUACGGCUCUAUGUCGAACUCUUGAAAAUAUGGAUAGAAGAGAUCCGGCAGAAGACAAGGGACGCCGCUGCCACGGGCGAAUCUGAGACCAAUGGUCCUGAUAAUCAAGCUCUUCAGCUCUCUAGUGUUUGGGCCGAAGUUGAUCAGGCCGAGGCGCAUGGGCUGUUCUUCCUUUGUUCCCAGUCACGACGCGUUCGGUACUUUGCCAUUACGGUCCUCCGUCUCAUUACCGAGUUCGACAAGGCUCUUGGGAAAAACACAUCGGAAGAAAAGGACUCGUUGAGGUUAAUUAAUGUUCUCGAGAAUGACUCAUCUCAAGUGAUGAACUUUGACGAUGAACACCUAUCCGUCGCUGAGCGUAGCAGACUUCAACGAGGCUUGCAGAAUGGGAAUGGCAAAGGCGCCCUCGUUGAGCUCUGCACCAGCGAGGUGACCUACGACACGACACUGUGGUUCAAGAUAUUCCCCAACUUGAUGCGGAUUGCCUUUGAAAAAUGCCCAUUCGCAGUCACAAUCUGUCGAGAUCUCAUCUGCAACCGCGUGCUUCAGAUGUACAAGCCCAUUGUCUACCUGUCUGAACCUACAAGAGGCCCAUAUCACACCGGAGAAGGCAUUCACAAUAACCGCCCCGUGCCCAGGUCACCCACUACUCAGCCAGAAUCGAUAGUGGAACAGUGGAAGUUGUAUCUCAUCUUUGCAUGCACCACUCUAGCAGAUCCAGGGAGUGUGCCGCAGAGCAUUCCCAAGGAUGCCAUUCAGCACACGCGCAAGUCCUCCAAACCUUCUUCGGCUGAUAAAAUUGUGACGGCGAGAACUCUUUUCAAAUACUUAAUUCCGCUCUUAUCCGCCACGUCGGCAUCCGUACGGGACGCUGUUGUCGUUGCCAUGGGGUCAAUCAAUAUUCACAUAUACCAGACCUUACUAGAGGAACUCCAAGGCCAGGUGUCUCGCUGCAACGACGAAGCCCGCGCCAGAAUCCAUCAGCGAACAAACAGUACCCCCCGCAGAAAUCGCAAAAUGGAUCUUCUGAGAACAGAAAUCACGCAUGUUUUCAAACUGACCUCGCAUUUUCUCAAAGAUCCAAUCGUUUACCAGUCUGAGUUCUUCCUCAACACCCUGACUGCGUACGCCAAGGAUCUCAAGCUCUUUCUAAUGGAUGGAGAAGUGCAGAUGGACUGGGAAUUCCAAAAGCUGCGAAGGUAUUACUGUGGACUCAUGGAGUCGCUGUUCGAAGGAAUCAACCGGACCAGCGACCCAACCCGCUGGAUGACGUUUGAAUCCCGUAAAUCGGCAUUUUCUCUCAUGGAGGACUGGUGUGGAUUCUCUCCUAACCAGAAUGAGGUCCGGGCUAGAGAAGACAAUAUGCGGCAGCACCUGAUAGACCAGCAAUCCUUGGGCGAACGGGGUACGGCCACUGCGGCCAUGGAAAUUGAGAAACGCAACCUACGGACUGCAGCUUUGAGUGCCAUGUCUGCGUUGUGUGGCGGGCCAAUCAGCUUGACGACAGAGAGCGGCGCCACCCUGCAGUUUGACAUUCGCCGAAUGCUUGCGUGGAUUGAAGCCAUUUUCAACUCGGGCAGUGACAAGAUGAAUGUCAUAGGCAGAAGGGCUCUAAAGAAUCUUGUGGUUCACAACAAAGAGUACCCGUAUCUGCUGGAGCAUUGCAUCGCGCGUUGUUACCUGGCUGACAUUCCAAAGGUUCUAGAGAGUUACUUCAUGGUCACUGUUGAAGUGCUGCAGGACCAUAGCGACUACCCUUGCCCCUUCUGGAAGCUUCUCGCGCUGUGCCUUUUUAUGCUUGGGAAUGAUCAAAGCGAAGUCAGAUCCAAGUCUUCAACUGUGCUGCGAAUCUUGGAGACUCGGCAACAAAGAAACUCCAAGAUUCAAGACUUUGAUAUCAGCAUCUCAGAUAAAACUCAAGCUGUGUACAAGCUGGCCCAGUUUGAGAUCUCAAAGCGACUCGCAAACCAGUAUACGGAACUUGCCUUCCAUGUCAUCUCUGAAUUUACCUUGUACUUUAAGGACCUUCAGCCGGCAGCGCAACGAAACGUCGUUGCGGUUGUCUUGCCCUGGAUCCAGGCGAUUGAACUGACGCUGGAUCCCAAUGGCGGCCCUACAGCGCAAUCCUACGUGCUUUUGGCAAACUUAUUGGAAAUUACAAUCAAGUCCGGGGGCGCGCUGCACAAUGAAGUCCAGGCCCUGUGGCAAGCUCUUGCUACCGGACCGCAUCUUGGGAACGUACGCCUCGUGCUGGAUUUCAUCAUGCAGUUGUGCCUAGAGCGGCGCGAACAGAACUUCGUCGAGUACGCCAAACAGAUUGUCGUCUUCCUUUCGACAUCCAACAGCGCACCUGGUGUCAAAGUUGUCGAGUUUCUGCUGAUGCAGAUCAACCCGAAAGCCAUGGUCCCUAUUGAAAAGAGGGAGAUGUCACAGGCACCGCCCGACACUAGCAGCUUGCCAUACUGUGCGGAUUUGGCAGAAGCCCUUCCUGUGGGCACAAAGCAGGCCGGGUUUUCUCUCGGUCAGCUGUCACUGAUUUUGCUCGUGGAUCUCAUGGUGUCUCCAGUCCACCUUACCCAAGAGAGUGUCCCGCUCUUACUGCAUGUCGUUACCGUGCUUUGGGAUCACUACACUCCAUUGGUCCAGGAGCAGGCUCGCGAGAUGUUGGUGCAUCUCAUCCAUGAAUUGGUCAUGUCUCGCAUUGAUGACCAAACAGACCCUCAUCACAAGGAAUCUAUUGAGGAGCUGAUAGAUUUGGUUCGUCAACAUGACCGCUCCGUCGUUUGGAGCUACGAAGACAGCAAUGGAAAGGUCAACGAUCAUGAGAACAAAGUUCCCCCCAGCAUGGAAUAUCUCACAAAUGAGGUCGUAAGAACCUUUGAGGUGUCAUUCCCGGGAAUCAAAGAACAAUGGGGUAGGUUGUCGUUGACAUGGGCUACCUCGUGUCCGGUUAGACAUUUGGCAUGCCGCUCAUUCCAAAUCUUCCGAUGUGUCCUCACAUCCCUGGACCAGUACAUGCUUGGAGAUAUGCUUGCCCGCCUUUCCAACACGAUUGCGGACGAAGACCCUGAGAUUCAAGCAUUCUCCAUGGAGAUCUUGACAACUCUUAAGACACUCAUCGUUAAGCUGGACUCUGAGAAGCUCAUCACCUUCCCACAGCUGUUCUGGACGACCUGCGCAUGUUUGGAGUCUAUUAAUGAGCGUGAAUUCCUCGAAGCGGUAGAGAUGCUAGACGAACUGAUUGGCAAAGUCGACUUUAGAGCCCCGAAUGUGAGGAGGCUGAUUGCAGAGGGGCAACCGAGUCGGUGGGAAGGCCAGUUUGAAGGGCUUCAGCCUUUACUUCACAAGGGCUUAAGAUCGUCGCUGUGUUGGCAGCCGACGCUCGAUAUCAUGGAUAAGCUCGUCAUGCUCCCCGGAGAUGGCCUUGUUGGGGAUGACAACCGGUUGUUCUUUGCUUUGCUGGCCAACUUUCCUCGUUUCCUGGACGAGCUAGAACGCGGUGGCCUCAACCCGGAGGCAUUAAACACGGCCAAGAUACUCCUUGCCGAAUCCGAUAGGCAAGGUCUCGAAGGCAUUGCGCUUGUUCUAGACGGCUUGAUUUCUGACCGCUUCCAAAUCGCCGAGGAUUUCAUGAACCAGCUCUUUGGAGCACUUCGCGAGUUUUACCUGCCGCAUAUGGAGUUUAAGAUGAUUACCUUUUUGAUUGGGCUGCUGACCAACUCCUUAUCCUGGGUCAAGGUCCAAACCAUGCGCAUCCUCUGCCUCGUUAUUCCAGAUAUCGAUAUGCGCAACCCAGAGAUUGCUGUUCACGGCUCCGACCUCAUCUCCCCGCUGCUGCGCCUUUUGCAGUCUGAGUUUUGCAUGGGGGCUCUCGAGGUAUUGGAUAACAUCAUGACCAUGUCUGGAAGCCACAUGGAUAAGCAGCAUCUACGAAUGAGCAUGGCUCGCUUGACGUCAAAGGCCGUGCGAAAGGAGUACGAGCGCGCUCAGAGCCUCUUUGGCAUUCCAGAAUUAUCUGGAUGGGCCAUUCCAGUUCCCGCCCGGAAGACGGAGGCCACAAGAGCCAAUAUCCACGCCGCUUUUUACAUGUGCCAAAGCGCUGAGGGCUCAUCAACCGAACCUACCCCCACUGCGGAAGUUGAAUUCCAUUCGGACGACUUUCCCUAUGGAUACUUUGACCCAUUGGAUCGGACGGAAACGAUGCUGUCUGAUGAGGCGCGGGUGGAUGUUCACCCGGGCGAUCUAGUCACGAAGCUGGAUAGCCUUGAUGACUUCUUUGACGAGCCUGCAAGUCCUCACACGGAUGAUGAUGGACGUUCCUCCCUUACCAUUACCGAAUUUACUCCCGAGUCGUAUGAGACGGGAACAGAGUUAUACGACGAACAAAUACUGCCAAUUCUGCAUGAAGCGUCCAAUAAUAAUACUUCGUUUCAAAACGGGUUUGUUGAUCGACCUGCGGCCGUCUUUUCUCGAGAGCAUGCUUCCAAUACAAUGACCCCGGGGGCAUUCACCGUUGGCCGUGUCUUGUCGCCCCCAACUCGCCCCGGCCUUCACGCUCGAUCCAUUACAUCGCCUUCGGCACCCUCGUCUCAUUACCCACACGAUUUUGCAUCUGAUGACGAACUAGUCAUUGGCGGCUUUUCAGACGCAGACGACGAAAGAAUCGACCUGGGAAGCAUGGAUGACGCAUCGUUUUCGCUAGGGAGCAACAGACAGGGCGCCCCGCAGCCAAACUUUUUACGCCUCACGAGCAGAUCUCGGGAGCGGCAGAGAGACAAGGCGCCUCCGCAGCCAGUGCCCAAGAUGUCGAGCAAGUUAUACGUGACGAAUAUACCUGGACAAGGUGACGUUAUCUAA